CCCUCAGUUAAACUCAUCCGGUAACCGUUUCGAGGCACGUAAGCGCGUGGAAUUUCGAAUUAAUCGAUAGCAUUGUGUUUGUACGUGGUCAUGAUUGGAAAAUAUCGUUUAUAAUGUGAAAUGUGUUACGAUAUUAUUGGGAAAAAAUAUUUGUAUAAGCUAUAACGUACAUAAUCAUCGGAAGGAGGAGAAUUACAUAAUAAAACUUCUCUAUUAAAAAGUAAAAUAAAAUAAAAAUGCCUGCUGUAAGCAUUUGUGACCCAGUUGCGGCUACACUUCGUCGUACUUUAGACACUAACCAGUCCAAAACAUCAGAUGAGUUGUCAACAAAUUUAGUUACCAGUGCAUCAAGAAUUCUUCAGUCAGAAAUUCAAUAUAAAGAAGUGGAUGAUUAUCAAACUACGAUUUUAGAUCAACUUAAAGCCAAAUACAUUGUAUUAAGUUUACCAAAUUCCGAAAGUUUAGAUGAAAAAAUAAAAGAUGGAGUAAAUUAUACAAAAAAGAAUGAAAGAGGAUGUAAAGGACCCAGUUUGCCAGAACCAACUAUUACCUUAUAUUCUCCAAAGAAAGUUAGCUUAGGAUGGAAGGGUACGUUUCCAGUUGGAGCUGGCAUGUAUAAUGUUGGAAAUACAUGCUAUUUAAAUAGCACUCUCCAAGCUUUGUUUCAUGUACCAGCUCUUGUUAAUUGGUUAUUAUCAGAUUCUCAUCAUACAUCAAAAUGUGAACAAAAUGAUGGAGGUGGAGAAUGCCUUACAUGUGCAGUGGCUAAGACUUUACAAUUUAGUCAUCAGAAAUCAGGAUGUGCCAUUAAGCCAUUCUACAUAUAUAAUAAAUUAAAACUUAUUUGUCGAACCAUGGUACCAGGACAGCAAGAAGAUGCUCAUGAAUUUUUACGUUACUUAUUAGAAGGCAUGGAAAAAGCUUAUUUAGCAAGACACAAAGCUAGUAAACUAGACAGUUAUUCUAAAGAAACAACACCUAUUAAUCAAAUUUUUGGUGGUUAUAUUCGUACUGAAGUGAAAUGUUUACAGUGUCGGCAUGUUUCUACAACUUUUCAACAUUUUCAAGAUUUAUUGGUUGAUAUACGUAAAGCAAGUACUCUGGAUGAAGCAUUAAGUAGUUAUUUUAGUCGUGAACAACUAGAUAACAAUGAUUAUAAAUGUGAAGCUUGCAAAAGAAGAGUUCCUGCUACAAAACAAUUUAGCUUAGAAAGACCUCCUAAAGUACUUUGCGUACAAUUAAAAAGAUUCAGUGUUCUAGGAGGAAAAAUAUCUAAACAUAUAGGUUUCAAGCAAACUAUAGAUAUGGGUCCUUAUCUUUGGAAAGAACCAGGAGAAUCAUCACAAUCACUUACAUAUAAACUUAUGUCAAUAGUUACACAUAUGGGUCCAUCAGUUAAUUGUGGACAUUAUACUGCAGUUGCUAAAGUUUCGACAGGCCAAUAUUAUUCCUUUGAUGAUUCUUGUGUUCGUCCACUUAGUUUGAGUAAUGUACUCAGUACAAAUGCUUAUAUAAUGAUCUUUGAAAUGGAACAACAAACACAAUCUCAAAUUCAAGCACAACAAACUCUUAAAUUAAAUGGUACAAUGACUGUGAAUAACACAUUAUCUUCAUCAGGAAGUUCUAUGAAUAAAAAUAUAGCUCCCAAAGCAUCAACAUCUGGCUUACUCUCAUUAAAUGGAUUAAUUAAUGGUACAUCAGCCAAUAAAGAUACUACGGAAAAUUUGGAAUCAAGCAUGCAGAUAUCGAUAAAUAAUAAUUCAGGACUUCAGUUUACUACUCAAAAAAAUACAAGUUUUAUUGGGCCGCAAUUACCACAAAAAUUACAAGAUAAAUCUCAACCAAGAUUGAUUAUGUUGAUUAAAAAUGGAAAGAUUUUAAAUGGGAAUAGUUUAGUACCUUAUGAUGGAUCUAGCGAAGAAGAAGAUAUUAAUUCUAUUGGAACAUUAAAAAAUCAUACAAAUUCAAAUACUUCAGUAAAAAAAAACAUUUCUGUUAGUACCACUAAUGGUACACAAAAAUGUUCUUUAGUGAAAAGUAGUUCACCUACUGCUAAAAUAGUUCUUAAUUCAAAAGAAGUACAAAAAUGUACAUCUAAGACAAACGGCAGUAAUGCUCAGAAUCAAACAAAUAUAACACAAUGUACAAAAACACAAAAUGGUUCUAGCUGUAGUACCAUUACAAGUACAAUAAAAUAUCAAAAUGGUAAAUCAGAAGCAAAUGGUAAAACAGAAAGUGGUAGUAAUAAUAGCAAAAGUAAGUGGCAUCAAUCAGUUAGAGUAAAAACAGGACAAGACGACAAAGUGAUUACAAAGGCUACAAGCAGCAGUAUAAAAGGUUGGCAAGUUUCAAAAGAUACAUCAUUCUCACCUACAUCAACUGCAGCACCAAAUGGAUGGUCCGUGACUGAUAAAGAAGAUGUUCAUAAAAUUAAUCAGAAUAAUAACACGCCCAGUGCUGCAGCUUUAAGAAACUUUAAUGGGACAAAUCGUUCCGAUACUGUUUCUCAUUUAUUAAAGAUGUCUCAUCGUGGUUAUGGCAGUUCUUCGGUUAUAAAUUGGAACGGCAACAGAACACACUUAGAUAGAGAAGUUGAUAAUGAUAGAAGAGAAGAACGUAAACGACAUUUCAAUGCAGAUGAUGAAGAAAUAGAUCGUGGUCGAGUAAAGAAAGUAAAAGAUCAUCGAACAUAUGAAGAAAGAAGUAAUACAGGAUAUAAUCCUUUCCAAGAAUAUCAAAAUGGCAAAACGUGGAAUCGAUCUCUCGGUGGUUAUUAUCGGAGACAUUAUUAUAAUACUUCCAAUAAUGCACGACCGCGACAUGGUAGAAAUUAUAGGCCUUCAUAUUACAGAUAUCAUAAUCAUUCUCGUGCACAUUGGCAGCGAGGAUAAAAUAAAAAAGAUAAGUUGUUGAAAAAAUUUUCGAAAGCAAUCUGAUGUCGAAAGACUUCGUUAGUUUCAAUUGCUAAAGCAAAUUAUAAUUUUUCAAUACAUUAAAGUUAAAAUACAGAUGUGGCAGUGCUGAUUUAGGUAAUUAAUGUUGAAAGUAACUGUUCAGCAUUUUGCGUAAUGAAUCGCUAAACUGCAUCAUAACAAUCUUGCAUGUUCCUGACAGAGUUUUCAUAUGCUCUAUCAUUGCUUGUAGCUUACAUAUGUCUAUAGACAUUGUACUACAAUAUAUGAGGGAUGAGUAUCAACAGCUCUGCCAAUCUUGUGUUCAGUAUGAACAAAACAAAAUUUGUUACAGAAUUGUACUAUAUGUGCGAUGUUAAUUUAGAAAUAUGUUUAGAAUGUGUAUUAAGAAAACGUAUGUAUGGAUGCAAUGUUUUGAAUAGUAUAUUGUUAAGAGUUUGAUAACUUUUUAGGUAAAUUUUGUAUGUUUUAGUUAUUAUCGUAAAAUUAUGUUCUUAUUAUUCAUAAUUUGUAUUACGUAAUUGUAGGACCAUUUAAUGUUCAUAUAGUAAUACAAAAAUCUUCAAUAAUUAUUUUAUACUAAUUUUAUGUUAUUUGUAUUACAUUGAUACUAUUGUUGAAUUAAAAUUGUAAACGCGAUGUCACAUGUACUCAAUAAGUGUCCAUACAUUUUCAAACAAAAGAAAUAUUAAUUAUCAAAAAAUAAAAUUAUGCAUAAAAAUAAAUUAGUUUUAAAAUUAUGAUACCAAAAUUAAAUGGAAGAUAUAUUUUGAAAAUUUUAUGUUAAAGAACAAAUUUCAUUUAUAAUAUAAUAAUCCGUCCUUAUUUUAAUUAAAAAAGAUACUCCUCCCUCUUUGAGCUGUAACAAAAAGAUUUAAGAUUAAGCAGUCAAUCUUGCUCGAUCAUAAUCAUUGCUUACUGGAAAAAAAUAUAUUCGUAAUUCCAAUGAUUAAACAGUAAGCGAAUGAUUUCUUUUCAAAUAUGGUGAAUGUGCAUAUUUGUGAAUACACAUAUUUCAAUUUUCUUUUUUUAACAUAUUAUAUACAUAUAUAUAUAAAUACAAAUAAUUCCAGAGCGUUUGUGAAACUUGUGAAUAAUCGAAUGAAGAGUGUUUAAUGGUAAUGAAGUAAUAGUAUCAAGUUAUUGAAAUAUUAGUUUAAAAGAAAAAGAAGUUGUAAAUUACAUAAAUAAGUGUAGAAUUUUAAUAUUAUGGACUUUUCAUAGAGCAUUAAAAAUUGCGAAGCCAUAGAUAAUUUGUUAAGCUAAGGAUAAAAAAAAAGCUGGCUUUUUCGCCUGCUCGUUAUAUAUAAUACCUCGUUGUAUUAUUCUACAAAUUAAAUACUAGCCAAAAGAAAAAAGAAACAAACAUACAUUAAAAUCUGGUGAUUAUUGCAGAUUUUAUGAUAUCCAAUGUUUUUCAGAAGAUACAUGAUUUAAAUGUUGGACUAUAUCUUUAUCUUAAUAUUAGUUGCAAUUGAAUAAUCACAUUAGCUUGAUAUUACGGUGAAUAUAAUGUAAUUACCGUAAUAUAGCCUUAAAUUAAGCACGAUGUUAUUGCAUCCGCUAAAAUAUAAUAAUAAUGGUUCCGACAUCAUAUAAAUUCAUGUGUCAUUUGAAGAAUGAAAUUCGAAGUUUGAUGGAAUUAGUAUAUCUUAUAUAAACAUAUGUGAUAUCGCUCUGUAUAUUAAUAAAUGACAGUAAACGCCAGAUUUAAUUUAUGUAUUAAAUACUAUGAAUAAAACCGAAAUUGUCGUUUGUACAUCAUUCGAACUAUCGAUACGAACAGAGUGAAUAGAGAAUAAAUCCAUAGAAACCAAUUCAUUUAUAUUAUAAAGAAAACAAAAAGACUAUCGCAUUUUCGAGCGAAGAAAAUGUAAUCUCUAAACGCAUGUAAUCCAUUUUUAUUUUCAUGUCAUAUUCUUAUAAUUUAUUAUUAAGAGUUAAUUAUAUAUAUAUUCGUUCAUCAAAUUUAUUAUUUUUAAAUGGAGCUUUUGACGAAAAAGGAGGAAUCUUCGUAUAACGAACUCAUAAAAACUCUCGAAAGAAAUGUGAGUAAACAAUUUGACCCUUUCAUGCUCAAAAUGUAUUCCCAUUGAUUAAUUAUCAUCAAUUUUAUUUAAAUUAUUGAUAUAAAAAUAUUGAUUUCUGAGAUAUGUUUUUCAAUUGCUUAGCAUGAAAGAGUUAAAAAAUUAACAACCAUGAUUGAUAGUUAUUAAAAAAUAAAAAAAAAUUUAAAAAAAUGGAAAAGUGCAUUACUUGAAGAAUUAAUUUAAAAAGAUGUAAAUAAAUGAGCAACACAA